UAAAAAAUGUUAAAGUGAAAAAAAAAAAAGAAAAGAAGAGGAGCGCUACAUCAAGUGCAGCUCAACAGUGGACCCUACAAAAACAUGAACUCGGUUAAGUUUAGACGGGAUGAUAACAUUAGCCGUUGGAGAAGGGCCGAUUUGCCACCGAUGACGAGUUUAAUGGGUCAUUGUUACUGUUUUCAGUUUAGGGGCUUUUUUGUCACCUCUCAACAAAUUUAGGGGCGAAGCAUAAAGAUCGGUCCCUUAAAAUUUCUCUCGUAAGGAUGGCAGAUGUCGAAACCACUGCUCCUGAGGCCGUAAAUGGCGGUCCUCACGACUUCCGCUCGCUUCUUUCUUCUUCAGAAAGGGAUUUCCUCG